AUACACACACACGCACAUAUUAUGCGUUAAAGUGUCGAGUGCAGGACAGGGUGGCGGAAAAAUCCGUACGUCACCCCGGCGUGUCCGCGCGCGGAUUUUCCGGCGACGCAAUCGAUGGGUCCGGCGGCGUCGCGUCGCGACGCUUGUGCGCGUUAACGACGCCACAGCACGUGCACGCACCGACGACGUGCCAUUGUCGACGGCGGGCGACUGUCGGCAGGGGUGUGGCGAGAGAGAGAGAGAGAGAGAGAGAGAGAGAGAGAGAGAGAGAGAGAGAGAGAGAGAGAGAGAGAGAGGAGGCUCCUUCCGAAGCGCGCGAUGACGUAGACGCUCUUAUUCAGAGACGAUCGUUAUCCGGAGCCGGACCGGGCCGGAGAGAACGGCAGACAGCCGCGAUAUCGCGUACCGCAACGUCUGUGCCAUACGUGCGUCAGUAUCGGAAGAUACUUCCGCGUUCGGAAGCGAGUGCGUGCGUGCGUGUGUACAUGCGUGCGAGGGAUGUUCCGUGUCGUCGUCGAGCAAAGAUUUCAGCAUCUUCACCUACCAACGCGUGCACGGAUUUCAUCUGCGAUGUUAGAAUUUCACGUGGAAGACUGUAAAUUGCGGGAAAAAGACGUUGCGGAAGGCGUUGCUCUGUGUCUGCGAAGAAAUCAAUAUCGUAUCUAAGAUUCGUUAGGCGGACGGCUUACUUGGUUGUUCUUGGUUUUUGAUGUUAGUUCAGUCUGGUUUUCUGCGGAGUAUGUCGGAAAGUUUCUGCGCAUAUUGUGGACCGCGAGAAAACAGAUGUUAGGCGACUUCUCUUAAGAGAGAAGCUUUCAUCGUUUAAUUCGAGCUUCCCUGAGGUCCGAAUGCACGACCGGAUGCACGUUUUAAAACUAAUUCAGAUAAUUCCGCCGUGUUUAUCGUCGUGACACGGCCUUCCGUUAGCUUCGCAAAUAUCGGCGUACAUUUAUAGCACCGCCAUAAAAUUCGGAAACUCGAUCUGUGUCACAAGAAUCUUGAUGCUAACAAAGUCAAACAUCCGAUUUAAUAAAUUUCUCUUAUUAUUAUAUAAUAAAAUAAACUCGGUACGAACCAUAAUAGAAGGUUGACGCAUUCAGAUUUCUAAAUUACGUGUGCUUCCGCAGUCAUACGUGUGUUUUAGUCUUACAUCGGGAAGUAUAAUCGCUCAAGUCGAACGGAACGUAAAUUUAAAUAGCGGAUUGCCAAGCAGACCUCUGCCGAGAGGAUGGAAAUUGUGUUUCAUCGCACAGGAGGACAACUUGUGCAUGACGGAAAUGCUAAUUGCGAGCGUUUUAGCGAGGCGAUCGUCGAAUAAACGACGCGCAAACGCUUCGCGUGCGAAGCCCGGUAGCGGCAGAUGGGAUGUAACGCGCCGGGAUUACGCCGGGACACCCACUCUCGCGUAAUCGCGUUACGCAAUCGUUAUGUUUACGUAAUAGAAAAAUGCGUAGCAUAAUUGCGACAUAUAUAUAUAUAUAUAUAUAGGAUGUGUGCGCGCGUGUGCGUGUUACGUGUCGCCAGCAAGUUUGCGAGUUUGGAAAAUCAAUAGCCGGUGGUGCAAUUAAGAAAUCGCACGCGCGGUGCUCCGCGAAGAUUGAUCUCCCUCCGUGUUAGUUCCUGAUUAAUCGUCGGCGGAAUCCACCUGUCGCGACUUGGCUUAGCAACAUCCGUAGAUUCUCAGAUCCACGCGCCAAGCUGUGUGUGUGUGCGCGCAUACAGGGUGUCACGCGUCCGUUACAUCAUUGCUUGACGUUGAUCGAUCCUCUUUGAGCCAUUGAAAAUCGACGAGAGAGUAUUUCCAAUUCCCGAACAAUCGAACGAUUCGCGGAAAAAGACGAACUGUUCCUAGAAGUUCCUAGUCGGAGAAAGAAAGAAAGAAAGAAAGCGAGAGGAUCGCAUACCGAGAGUACGCCCUGUAUGAGAUGCACCGCGCUGCAGCACCCAACGCUGCUGGAACACGUGACGGAAACGUCGUCGUCAUACAACGUAUACGUGUGGGAGUGCGUGUCGUGCCAUUUCUAGUUUUUUUUGUUUUCUCACGCGCAAGAGCACUAGCGCGAGCGUGGCGCGCAGGCCGCGGUAGUCGUCGUUGAUGUGUCCCCGAGUGCACGCUGUCCGCGAAAACCGUCGCCGCUGGUCGGGAAGGAAGCACGACCGCACGGCAUAACCUCAAAAGCCCGAGAGUCGAGGUGGAGGAGCGUGAAGCUUGCCGCGAGCGGGAGCGCGGAGGAGGAGAGUCGAUUCUCUCGACUCUUGUUUGCGUUUUCACGCGCGACGCAGUGUGUCGAUGGACGAAACUGCGCGAUCGCGCCGCUUGAUUUGACGCGACGGUGACGUGACGUGACGCGACGAGCGCACACGGCGGCGGCGACGGACGCGGCGAUCGAUGCAAUUAAGGGGGAAUUAUUUAUCGGGCUUAUAGGCGAUCUAACCUACUCAGUGUUCCGUCGCACUAAAAACCCAUCCGAUGCACCGCUGCUCCGAUCCGGACACGGCACGGGAAUUAAAUAUGAAUCGGGACGCGCCGGGUGCACCGGGUGACGCGUGAGGGCACGUAUAUACGCGCCACGUACUUGGAGCACGCGUGACUCCCGGCGACGGCGACCAUGGAGGUCGCGGCGACGAAGCUGGUGCAGUGGUUCAACGAGGUCAGAUCUCGGGUGCAUCUCUAUCUGCACGCGCAGACCCGCAGGAAGUGGAAGAGAAAGAAAGAGAGAGAAAGGGAGAAAGAAGUUGGUCCGAUAAGGGCAGAGAAUGGUGGCUCGCAGGGGGACGAUCAACCACCCACGCAACACAAUGUCGGCGAAGAGAGGGUGAUCUUUGUCAAUGCCCCUCAUCAGCCCGCGAAAUACAAAAACAACCACAUUACCACGGCAAAGUAUUCAUGCCUGACGUUCGUACCUCUGUUCCUAUUCGAGCAAUUCCGUCGUUAUAGCAAUUGCUUCUUCCUGUUCAUCGCACUUAUGCAGCAAAUCCCAGACGUGUCUCCGACAGGACGCUGGACAACGUUGGUCCCGCUGAUCUUCAUCCUUAGUGUGUCCGCCUUGAAAGAGAUAAUCGAGGACGUCAAGCGGCACCGAGCGGACGACGAGAUAAAUAUGCGGGAGGUGGAAGUGCUGAGAGACGGGCGCUGGCAGUGGAUACAAUGGCGCGCCGUAGCCGUCGGCGAUGUCGUUAAGGUUCACAACAACACUUUCUUCCCUGCUGACCUGAUCCUUCUGUCGUCCUCGGAGCCGCAGGGUAUGUCCUUCAUAGAAACCGCGAAUCUGGAUGGCGAGACGAAUCUGAAGAUCCGACAGGCCCAUACCGACACUGCCAAUCUUCUGGAUACCGCGGAAUUAAUGAAUUUUCGCGCGAACGUCCAGUGCGAGCCGCCUAAUAGGCAUCUCUAUGAGUUCCGUGGAGUCCUGCGGGAGACCAAUAAGCAGAGCGUAGCUUUAGGACCCGAUCAGCUGUUGCUCCGUGGCGCGAUGCUGCGGAACACGCGAUGGGUGUUCGGCGUAGUGAUAUACACGGGACACGACACGAAGCUCAUGCAGAAUAAUACCGCGACAGCGCCGCUCAAGCGGUCCACCCUCGAUCGGUUGAUCAACACGCAGAUAUUGAUGCUAUUUUUCAUACUUCUUCUGUUGUGCAUUCUCUCCGCGAUAUUCAACGUCGUAUGGACGAACGCGAAUAAAGACGGCCUCUGGUACCUGGGUCUGCAAGAGCAAAUGACCAAGAACUUCGCUUUCAACCUCCUAACGUUCAUCAUUCUCUUCAACAACCUGAUACCGAUAUCGCUGCAAGUGACGCUCGAGGUAGUGAGGUUCGUUCAAGCGACGUUUAUCAACAUGGACAUCGAGAUGUAUCACGCGGAGUCGGACACCCCGGCGAUGGCUCGUACGAGUAACCUCAACGAGGAGCUCGGUAUGGUGAAUUACAUAUUCACCGACAAGACCGGCACCCUCACGAGGAACGUCAUGGAAUUUAAGCGGUGCUCCGUCGGCGGGAGAUUGUACGAUUUGCCAAAUCCUUCAAACGGUCUCGAGGGCACAAGCGAUAGUAGUAGUUGCGAAUUAAUCCAGGACAUUGUCGAAGGGAGGGCUGCGCGAGACUCGCCGACUCCCAUCGACAGGAAGAAGGCGGAACACGCGGCUGUGCUUCACGAAUUUAUGGUCAUGUUGUCCGUCUGCCAUACCGUCAUCCCUGAGAAACUAGACGACUCGAUAAUUUAUCACGCCGCGUCUCCGGACGAGAGAGCGCUGGUGGACGGGGCGCGUAAGUUUAAUUACGUGUUCGACACACGGACGCCCACUUACGUGGAAAUCGUGGCUCUGGGCGAGACACUACGGUACGAAAUACUGAACGUAAUAGAAUUCACGUCGGUCAGGAAGCGGAUGUCGGUGGUCGUGCGAACGCCCGACGGAAAAAUUAAGGUUCUCUGUAAAGGGGCGGACUCUGUGAUCUACGAAAGAUUGACACCAACCCCCGUAGAAACUAGCGAUCUUGACCAAGAACACGUAGACGAUUUUCGCGAGACCACUUUAGAGCACUUGGAAAUGUUCGCCAGCGACGGGCUGCGGACACUCUGUUUCGCCGCCGCGGAAAUACCGGAGAACGUUUAUCAGUGGUGGCGCGAGUCGUACCAUAAAGCGUCGAUUAGUAUAAGGAAUCGCGACAGCAUGCUCGAGCAGGCCGCGAAUCUUAUUGAGACGAAACUCACGUUACUAGGGGCAACCGCGAUCGAGGAUCAACUGCAAGACCAGGUUCCGGAAACAAUUCAGGCUCUUCUGCAGGCUGACAUUAACGUUUGGGUGUUGACGGGAGAUAAGCAGGAGACCGCCAUAAAUAUCGGUUACUCGUGUAAAUUGAUAACGCACGGCAUGCCCCUUUACGUUAUCAACGAAUCUUCGCUAGACAAAACGAGGGAAGUCAUUAUUCAGCGCUGCCUUGAUUUCGGGAUCGACUUAAAAUGCCAAAACGACGUAGCGUUAAUUAUAGACGGCAGUACACUGGACUUCGCUCUGUCCUGUGACAUUAGGAUGGAUUUUCUGGAAUUGUGCUCAGCCUGCAAGGUGGUCAUCUGUUGCAGGGUGUCACCGAUCCAAAAAGCCGAGGUGGUCGAUUUAAUUACAAGUAACAAGAAAGCCGUAACUCUCGCGAUCGGGGACGGUGCGAACGACGUGGCCAUGAUACAGAAGGCCCACAUCGGCGUCGGUAUCUCCGGCGUGGAGGGUCUUCAAGCAGCCUGUGCCUCUGAUUACUCCAUCGCGCAGUUCCGUUUCCUGAAACGCCUGUUAUUCGUUCACGGUUCCUGGAACUACAGUAGAAUGUGCAAGUUAAUAUUAUACUCGUUUUACAAGAAUAUUUGUCUCUACGUUAUCGAACUGUGGUUCGCCAUUUAUUCCGGCUGGUCCGGGCAGAUCCUGUUCGAAAGGUGGUCCAUUGGAUUGUACAACGUCGUCUUUACCGCCGCGCCUCCAUUAGCCAUGGGUCUCUUUGACAAGGUGUGUUCCGCCGAGACUCACUUGGCCCAUCCCGGCCUGUACGCGACGAAGAACAACGGCGAAUCGUUCUUCAACAUUAAGGUAUUUUGGAUAUGGAUCGCGAACGCCCUGAUUCACUCGUCGCUGCUCUACUGGCUACCGUUGAUGGCCCUCAAGCAGGACGUGGUUUGGGCGAACGGCAGGGACGGCGGUUACCUUCUACUAGGAAAUUUCGUCUACACCUAUGUUGUAGUAACGGUGUGCGCGAAGGCGGGUUUAAUAAUAAAUUCGUGGACGUGGGUCACCCACUUAGCGACAUGGGGAUCCAUUAUACUCUGGUUCUUAUUUAUUUUUAUAUAUAGCAAUUUUUGGCCCGUCUUGAACGUCGGCGCCGUGAUGUUAGGCAAUGACAAGAUGUUAUUUUCUUCGCCCGUUUUCUGGUUGGGACUUAUAUUAAUACCGACGGCAGUAUUGCUCCUGGAUGUUACAGUAAAAGCGGUGAAGAACACGGUUUGGAAAUCGGUGACGGAAGCGGCCCGCGAGAACGAGAUCAGGAAGACGGAUCCUGGUGCCAUAUUCAACAACCAGGAUUACAGAAGCUCAUUGACGGAGACGGCGAGGCUGCUGAAAAACGUUAAAAGUGUUUUCACCAGGCGCUCUAACGCCGCCUCCAGAGUCAAUGUCGAGGUGGAGCUAUCACAUGGUUUCGCGUUCUCCCAAGAGGAGGGUGGCUCGGUGACGCAGACGGACGUGAUCAGGGCGUACGACACGAAUCUUCCGAAACCCGGUGGCAUGUGAUUUAGACGGGACAAGCAUCGUACGGCUAGAUGAUGUCGGCUGCUCUUUCAAGCGGUCUAAGGAACAGACGAAGGCUCUUUGCGACUCGGCUGCAGUUCUACUCGAGUGACGACACGAGGGGAUCGUCGUCAGCUCGGUCGGUGUCCGAGACGGAAUUUGAGGUCGACGAUGGGUUCGGAAACAUCUCCAGGAGACUCGAUAGCAAGAAUCAACCCUUAAUCAGUCGCGCCUCGCUAAAUUAGUAAUCAAUACUAAAUUAAUAAUCUUACGUACCGUUCUCCAAAUUAAGUUUCGAAGAUAAUAUAAGUAACGUUAAACUGAGCUAAUGUUAUUGUCAAAUUCACAAAGAUAUUUAUUGUUGAUUGCUAAGAGAGGCAAAUUACAUGUUCUCUGUGUUGCAUUUAGAUAGACAUGAGCCCACGCGACCGAUUAAGGGUCCCAACGCUCGAUCGAAGGAUCUGCCCCUCCUGGAUCGCCGCGAUCGAUCCGUAGAAAGAGAACUCUGAUAUUAGCACGAACAAUUAUUUUGAUACUCCGUGGAAUUUUACUCUACCGUAGGAAUACUACGUUCUUGCGUGGUCUCGAGUAUAGCGUACUCGCGCAGGCUCGCCGCGCGGCAUUCUCUGCGGACGCAUUUCUUCAUUGUCAGUGUCAAAGUCGCGUGUGCUGAGUCCCGUUACUGUGCAAAAACAAAACCGCCGCUCGGCUUCUUCCGUCGUGAUCGAGAGCCGCGAAUCGCGCAAGUCGUAAUAAUCGCGAUCUUGAGUGUUAACGCAUACGUACGCAUACUACACAUUCAUACAUACAUCAUAAACAUACAUACAUACAUGCAUGCAUGUUUGUUCUGUACGUGAAGAGACGAUUCGCCGUGCGAGAUAAUCAUCCAGGUCCGCAUUCGUGCGGGCUCCUCUCUGGAAUUUUGUGAGUACCUCUAUAUUACAAAAAAAAUAUAUAUAUAUAUGAUAUAUAUUAUUAUAUACAUAUACAGAUCUCUAAAUUUGUACGUUUCCAAAAUUAAGGAAAGCUUCUUCGCGAUCGCGCGACACGGUCGAUGGAGGAUUACGUUCGAUUUCGUGCCAGAAAAAGACUGUUCCCUCUCCCCCUUCUUGUUCUAUGUACAUACGUUGCGUUAAUCUUUACUCUUUUUCGUGUUUUUUUUUUUAAUGGAUGACAUAGAUAUAUAUAUAUAUAUAUAUACAUAUUUCAUUACUGUACAUACACGAAACCGCGUUGUUAUCUAGUCAGAAACUGAAUAACCGAUCGUUUCAGUUCAGAGAUUCACUCUUCCGCCCGUCAUGGUACACUCUUUUUUAAGUUUAUGACUGACGAAUUUUAAUAGAAA